UUCUUUUGUUCGGUGAUGGUGAGCUGGGUUUUGGUGUAUUGUUGUUUGGAUCUGAGGAGAUUGAGAAGUUAAAGUUUCGAGGGGAGUGUGCGUGUUUGUUUAGUGGUGAUGGAGAGGAAGGUUGGGGUGUGGCUGAUCUUUCUGCUGCAUCCAUUAUGGCUGGCUUUGGGUAAUACCGAAGGUAAUGCUUUGCACAGCCUGAGAAGCAACUUGAUUGAUCCAAACAAUGUCCUGCAGAGUUGGGAUCCUACCCUUGUCAACCCUUGCACAUGGUUUCAUGUCACCUGCAACAAUGAUAAUAGUGUUAUAAGAGUUGAUCUUGGAAAUGCUGCUUUGUCUGGUCAGCUUGUUCCGCAACUUGGCCUGCUUAAAAACUUGCAAUACUUGGAGCUCUACAGUAAUAACAUAAGCGGACCAAUUCCUGGUGAUCUUGGUAACUUGACUAGCUUGGUGAGCUUGGAUCUUUACUUGAAUAGUUUUACUGGUCCCAUCCCAGAAAGUUUGGGCAAGCUGUCAAAAUUACGAUUUCUCCGGCUUAACAACAACAGCUUGACGGGUCGCAUUCCUAUGCCAUUGACUAAUAUUUCAUCACUUCAAGUGUUGGAUCUAUCAAACAACCGUCUCUCUGGCGUUGUUCCAGAUAAUGGUUCCUUCUCAAUGUUCACUCCCAUCAGUUUUGCUAAUAAUUUGGAUUUGUGUGGGCCAGUUACUGGGCAUCCUUGCCCAGGUUCUCCCCCAUUUUCACCUCCUCCUCCGUUUGUUCCACCAACCCCAAUUUCCUUACCAGGUCGCACAAGAGUGCAAAGAAAUUUAUGAGAAUUCGCUUGUGGAUGGAAACCCUCCAAGGGCUGGUUUUGUGUUCCCAAAAGUGAAGUACUUGUCAGCUUCUAAAGGUUAUCUCUGGCGAAAGCUUACUUAGUUCAACUACAAAUGCCAAUAUUGUACGUGGAUCACAACUGCUGUAAAUUUUUUACUCUGUUCAUUCCAAGUGAUAAAUUGAUUUAUAUUACAUUUCUCAAUAACCUCUACGCUUAUUAAUCUUUGUAUUUAUGCAUUUCUGGCUAAUAAAUUCAAUUGUUACUUAAAA